UUUACAGAGAGGGACGAGAACGUACUCGCCAACGAAACGAGAGUGAAGGAGGAAAAGGCAGAAAAGAAAGAGAAGACGCACGAGCAGCGGCUGUUGGAGGAGGGUAGGAUUUGGUUGUGCACUGUCUAUAGAGUUCCAUGUAUUGGUGACGGGUUCCAUGGUAUUGGUUGGGAAGGUGAAGGAGAAUGGAACUAACUUUUGGCAACUGUUCGAGGCAGUGUUGCUGCUGGAAUACAAGAGGUUCUGGAGGAGGAAGAAGGGUGCUUAGGUGAUAGAGAGAGGGAGUUUGCUGUCUGUCCUGAUGGCACAAAAGAGAGAGGAAGGGUGAGAAAGAAAGAAAGAAAGAUUGUGGCGCUGAAGCUAGUCUUUUAUUGGAAAAGCUUUCAUGUCUUGUCAAGAGGUUCCAUGGUCCAGAUCCUACGUCACCAACUUUACCAUUGCUACACCAUGGUGUUCCUAUUCCCGCUCUAGAGGUGUUUCUGGAUUCUUUCUACCGCUAUGAAGGAUGUGAAGUUUUGAUCCACUUGGAAGAUGUCUGUCCUGCUGAUUCAACAUGAGUGUCAGCUGAACAGAUGGCACUUUGCUGUCCUAUUUUCGCACUUUAGGACAAGCUUCCUUUCGAAGGCGGUAAUGAUGUUAUGCGUCAUGGAAAUGUGCCUUUCAACAAGACCUACCAGAUGUGUAACAAGAAGAUUUAAGUGUCAUUUCUAUACUGUGUAGAAGAAUUAGGUGGUGCAGAAUGGACUAUAGAUGGAUCAAUGGCAAACAAGAAUCAAGCAGUAGAGAUAGACGGCAAUAUGAAAUGGAGCAGGAGUCCCUCAUCGAGGAUCUGGCAGAAGACUUUCGUUUGCCAAUCAAUCAAAAGCCAACAGAAAAUGUUGAUCUGGAUGGUGUGGAACAAGCAUCACUAGACACAAAAUUGACAUCAUCAAAUGUUGGGUUCAGGCUGUUGCAGAAAAUGGGGUGGAAAGGAAAAGGUCUUGGAAAGGAUGAGCAGGGUUUUCUGGCUAUUAUAUAUGCAGGCAUAGUUGAGCCCAUAAAAUCUGGAAUUAGAGACCCAAAGUUGGGAAUCGGAAAACAAGAAGAAGAUGAUUUUUUCACUGCAGAAGAAAAUAUCCAACGAAGAAAACUUGAUGUUGAGGUUGAGGAAACUGAGGAAAACGCAAAGAAGCGGGAGGUUUUAGCAGAACGUGAGCAGAAAAUACAAACUGAGGUCAAAGAGAUACGCAAGGUCUUCUAUUGCGAACUUUGCAACAAGCAGUACAAGUUGGCUAUGGAGUUUGAAGGUCACUUGAGUUCUUAUGAUCACAAUCAUAGAAAGCGUUUCAAGGAAAUGAGAGAAAUGCAUGGUAGUAGCAGUCGUGAUGAUCGUCAAAAACGAGAACAGCAACGACAGGAGAGAGAGAUGGCUAAAUUUGUUCUAACUGCUGAUGCCCGUAAACAACAGCAAUUGCAGCAGAAACAGGAAGAAAUUGGAUCUGCUCCAGUUCCCAGUGGCCCAAGAGCUGCCACUGCACUUGCUGACCAGGAUCAACGGAAAUCAUUAAAGUUCGGUUUUUCUUCUAAAGGCAGUGCCUCCAAGAGCUCAUUCGGAAGUGCUGCUAAGAAGCCAAAAAAGGUUGCAGUUGCAUCAGUUUUUGGCAAUGAUAGCGACGAAGAAUAAUAAAGUUUUUGAUGUUUGCAUUUGGCAGCAGUACUGUAACAUAUAUAUGUAUUAUUUGCUUCGGUUUUGAUUGUGGUUGUGGUUGAUGUCUGCCUAGUUUAUUUUCCCAUGUUUCUAAGCUUAUUGUGUUUAAGAAUUUUUGCAUAAAACACGAUUUGUAGAAUUGAGUUUCUUAGAAUGCAAAUGAUCUGUUGAAUUUUUCUCUGA